AUGUCAACCUUCCCAUUGACAUGGCGAGAGUCGUUUGGUUUUAAGGCUUUAAACGUGAUCGCCUAUGUUCUCUUUGCCUCAAGCAACACAUACGCGGCCAUCACAGGCAAGCAUAUCGCAGGGGAUGUCGACACAUACAUCACGCCUGCCGCAUGGUUCUAUGGCAUAUGGCAUAUUCUCAAUGUACUUUUAUUGGGCCUCAUAGUCUAUCAGUUCUGGCCUGGCACUGCACAAUUGACGCAAUACUCUUUGGGAUGGCGAUUUCCGACUGCAUUAGUUCUUCACGCGCUAUGCACUCUAUUGUAUACACAAAAGAAUUCAACGCCCAUCUAUUGCGUUGCGUUCAUCACAUUCUGCAUGGUGACAACUCUGGUAAAUCAGCUCUACGGCAUUCUGCGCACCAAUGCUGAACCUUUGAAUUGGGCCGAUGUAUUUUUUGUAUUUUUGCCCAUUUCUCUAUACCAUGGAGCCACCAUCCUAUUGUUCUUUGUCUCUGUGUUUGCCAUUUCGGGCUUUCACUCUACCGAGCACGAGGCAGGAAUGGUCACCAAGGUUCUUGUAUUUCUAAUCUUGUUUUUCCUCGACAGUACAGUGACGGGCUAUGUGUUUUACGGCAACGGCGACAUUGGCGGUGCUAGUGUUAUUUCGAUUGGCUUACUUGCGAUCGCCCAACAUCAGCAGACCUCAAGAUUUAUUCACUGGUCGGCUUUAGUGUUUUUUGUGAUUUCAUUUAUCGCAGUGAUUCGGGUUAUUAUAGCCAUGAUCCAAGACCGGCAAAACAUACUUCGUCUUGGUACGAACGAAGAAAAUGCUCCGCUAGUCCCAUAA